GUUUUACCAAAAGGUCAGAAUAUCAGUAUGGACAACAGUAUUGAUGUCAAGAUGGAAACCAAAGGGGAAAGAAAGCAGAUAAAGCAGAAUCCACUAAACAAAGCUGGGAAGAGAAUCUGCAGAGCUUACGAGUACAUCACUGGAGACAUGAAGGAAUUUGGAGCCUGGCUAAAAGAUAAACCUCUUAUGAUUCAGUUUAUUGAUUGGGUGUUGCGUGGGAUAUCCCAGGUGGUGUUUGUCAACAAUCCCCUCAGUGGACUUAUCAUGGUUGCUGGCUUCCUGGUGCAGAACCCAUGGUGGACACUCACAGGCUGUUUAGGAACAGUUGUCUCAACGUUAACAGCACUUACUCUGGGUCAGGACAGAUCAGCCAUUGCAUCAGGACUGUAUGGCUAUAAUGGGGUCCUAGUUGGAAUGCUCAUGGCUGUCUUCUCUGCUAAGGGAGACUACCACUGGUGGCUUCUACUGCCAGUAGCACUGAUGUCAAUGACAUGCCCGAUUUUCACCAGCGCUAUAGGCUCAGUCUUCUGUAAAUGGGAUCUGCCUGUUUUCACCUUGCCUUUCAACAUGGCCUUGACCCUCUGUCUGGCUGCAUCAGGACCCCAUAACCUUUUCUUCCCCACCACUGUCAUUCACUCUGCAACAACAACACCAAACAUCACGUGGACAGAUGCUGAAAUGCCUAUGCUGCUGCAAUCCAUUCCAGUUGGAGUGGGUCAGAUUUACGGCUGUGACAACCCCUGGACUGGUGGAAUUUUUCUGAUUGCUUUAUUUAUCUCUUCUCCACUUGUUUGCCUGCAUGCAGCAAUUGGAUCAGCAGUGGGGAUGCUGGCAGCACUGAGCUUAGCAACACCUUUCAGUAAAAUCUACUCUGGCUUAUGGGGCUACAACAGCUCCCUCUCGUGCAUUGCCAUCGGAGGCAUGUUCUACGCUUUCACCUGGCAGACACAUUUGCUGGCGAUUGCCUGUGCACUUUUCAGUGCCUACCUGGGAGCAACAGUGACUAACAUGUUGUCUGUGUUUGGUAUGCCAUCAGGAACAUGGUCUUUCUGCCUGUCUGCAUUGACCUUCUUGCUAAUAACCACAAACCACUCUGCCAUCUACAAGCUGCCACUCUCCAAAGUCACCUACCCAGAAGCCAACCGAGCUUAUUAUUUGAAGAUUAAGAAACGUCAGAGGUCUUGCUGUGAGGUAUAAGGGCUCAAGAAGAUAAAUACUUUGCACAUUUUACAGCAAGAGAGCAUGAUUUUUCCUAAAAAACACAUGACUUGUGUGCUACAAAGUCAAAAGAUCAAAAAAGUCGCCACCUUCUGAGUGGAUUUUUCCCACCAUAGUUGUUUGUUCUAAUCUAAUUAAAUAGGACUGUGCUUCAAGGACCUUUCACAAAACCAGUCUGUAAGAAUUUAAAAGCACAUAGGUUUGAAAAGACACUUGAAUUUUAUGCAGUGAGGAAAUUACUUAGAAGAUGAAAAGGAAAAUCUGUUUGCGAAAUUGAAUUCACAUCAGUCAGAGGUGAAGCAGUAAAGAGGACAGUCUAUCUCCUCAUUUCAUGCAACUCCUAACAAAAGACUAAAUGCAGCUUACAACAGCAGAAGGACGCAUUGUAGAGAGCUUCAUAGUAGAAGAGAAGUGGAAUAAAGACUACCCAUCACAAAGCAGAAGAUAAGUGGUGAAGAACUCUACCUGGAGGAUCUCUCAAGACUGAGAGAGGUGCAUUAGAAAUCGUCAUGCAUAGGAUGGACACUGAUCAGUUGAAGGCAGUGUUGCUAGCACUUGCAAGACUUGUGGUAAAAAUCACAAAGAUGUCAGGGAGGAGGUGUCUAUCAAACCCAAAUUUUGGAUCCUUUAGGCUCUAACACUUCAUUUUAAAAAAUGGUUCAGAGCUACUCAAUGGCAGAGAAAAGUCUGUAAAUCCAAGGCCAGGAAAGCAAAUAUCCUUUUCUAGGGGGGUGGGGGGGAACAGACAGAUCCCAUGAUUUUAUGCUAAUCUCAUUUUUCUUAAUAUUUGAACUUAACCACUGGUUAGCAGAUGAGGCAACAGCAGCAAAGCCAUUGCUGUCCCUUUACUAUGCAACAAAAAGGCUCUGUUCAGUUUGUGCAUAAGCAGAAUUAGUUUGAUCUUCUUAACCUCUCUUCCUACACAGUGCACAAAUACCAAACAGUAAAAUGCUGCACUGUCCUAGCCUGCUGCUGAAAUUACGACUCAAUCAUUUUUUUUCCACCUUAUGAUGGGAACAGGACA